AUGUUCUCUAAAGUAGAAUUAGAGCUGAAGAAGAAGCCCGAGCCAGGAAAAACCGCUGCGGAAUCCACUGGAAUGAAGAACUCUCCCGAUGAUGUGCUGGCGACUCUUCGUAAUCCUAGCACAAAUAAACCAGUGAAACAAUUACUGCAGUAUCGUGGAAAGCGAUCAAUUAGUAAUUGGGACAGCAGCGAUUCUGGCAGCUCAUCGCAUUAUGACGAAACUGAGCAAUGCUCACAGGGCGCGGAGUCAACCACAUCAGAUUUCUUCAGUGGUUCGGAUCACGCAUGUGAAGUCGAUCUUCGAAGCGAUACUAGUUCUUCACCUAAUCAAGAAACUCCAACUGCAUUUGCCUCAGGAUUGAGAUCACCACAACAGGCUUUCCAACCCACAAAGCAGUAUCGCUAUUGUUGGUACUGCUAUGACGUCUAUUCUGCCAUGUGCCUGGCUCAGGGGAAAGCUACUCCGGAUAUUCAUAGUCGAGGAAUCUGGCGUGGUCACUGCAUGAAGGAUGCUCAAGGAGUCACUACGUAA